CAGUCCCUAACCAACACUACUCUGUCACCGAAAGUUCACAACGAAACCUCAUCCGUCAACUAAACCCUCUUAGUAGCAAACCCGAACUCCUCUAGUUCAUGCCUCGACGAGAAGUUGCGCACGUGGUACGAGAAUCACUAUUGUCCUAAUUAACAGGCUAUCCGGUGCAUCGUGCGGUUAGAUGGGAUCGAGAGUAUCUGAUGGACGAGAUUCAUGGACCGAGUAAAAAUGUGCAAAACCUUCCCUGCAUGUGCCAGAAUCCGAUCAGCAGAGCCACCGUACGUGAACCUGCCCAGCUGCCCUGCUUUCGAACACAACACAUUGAAGAGGGAUGGAAGCAGCAAAUAAAGUUGGUGCCUUUUAAAAGCAAAGCAAAGUGUGUGUCUUCCCUCUUGUUCUCUGCACAUUCCCACAGUCGUUUACUCUCCCAAAAAAAAAGUGGGGGAAAAACACUGCCAUUCCCAAUACCAAAACUUUCAUAUCUGCAUGGCCUUGGAUUUGAUCAUAAGUCAGUGAUUGAGCUUCCUCUUCCCUCCUUUACGACUUUAUAUGUGUGGGACCAAAUCCACUGGAAGAAAGCUCCAUUUCAGCUAUCAGCCUGCCCCCGGUUAUUCAGCCCCCUUGUCUAGGAAAACCACUCUUCGAGGUUUCAGCUUGUGACUGUACCGGUACGCUUCGGUUUCGUUUCCUUUGAACGAGAAAAGAUGCAGAAACCUCCUCUACCCCAAGACUUUGCCCUGAAAGAAACCUCUCCGAACAUCGGAGCAGGAGCGCCUAUAGGAGACAAGCUAGCUAGCACCUAUGACCUCGUCGAGCAGAUGCAAUACCUGUAUGUUCGGGUCGUGAAGGCCAAGGACUUGCCUGGAAAGGACGUCUCUGGGAGCUGCGACCCUUACGUGGAAGUCAAGCUCGGGAACUAUAAGGGCCUCACAAAGCACUUUGAGAAGAAGUCGAACCCGGAGUGGAAACAGGUGUUUGCCUUCUCCAAGGAGAGGAUUCAAGCCUCGCUCCUUGAGGUUGUGGUCAAGGACAAGGACGUCGUGGUGGACGAUUUCAUGGGGCGGGUCAUCUUCGAGCUCCAUGAGAUCCCAAAAAGAGCUCCACCAGAUAGCCCGCUGGCCCCUCAGUGGUACCGAUUGGAGGACCGAAGGGGCAUUAAGACUAAAGGGGAGCUGAUGUUGGCGGUUUGGAUGGGAACUCAAGCAGAUGAGGCCUUUGCCGAUGCUUGGCACUCCGAUGCUGUGGCUGUUGGAGCCAGCGGCUUCUCCCAUAUACGAUCCAAGGUUUACUUGUUGCCCAAGCUUUGGUAUGUUCGUGUUAAUGUGAUCGAGGCCCAGGAUUUGGUUCUUACCGACAAAAGCAGAGCUCCGGAGGCCUUUGUGAAGGCAAUAUUGGGAAAUCAGGCCCUGAGGACUAGGAUAUCUGCAAGCAAGAGCAUAAACCCGAUGUGGAACGAGGAUUUGAUGUUUGUUGCUUCGGAGCCUUUUGAGGAGCCCUUGAUUCUAACUGUCGAAGAUCGGGUUGGAUCAAAUAAGGACGAGGUCUUCGGCAAGUGUAUAAUUCCAUUGCAGAAUGUGCAGAGGAGGCUAGAGCACAAGCCGGUUAACACGAAGUGGCAUAAUCUCGAGAAGCAUACUAUCAUAGAUGGAGAGAAGAAGAAGGAGAUCAAGUUUGCAAGCAGGAUUCAUUUGAGGAUCUGUUUGGAAGGAGGGUACCACGUUCUCGACGAAUCAACCCAUUACAGCAGCGACCUUAGGCCGACCGCUAAACAGCUGUGGAAGCCGAGCAUUGGACUUCUUGAGCUCGGGAUAAUAAGCGCCCAUGGGCUGAUUCCAGUGAAAUCAAAGGAUGGUCGAGGGAGCACUGAUGCCUACUGCGUGGCCAAGUAUGGGCAGAAGUGGAUCCGUACACGGACAAUCGUGGAUAGCUUCACCCCAAGGUGGAACGAGCAGUACACAUGGGAGGUCUUUGAUAUAUGUACAGUGAUCACAAUCGGGGUCUUCGACAAUGGGCACGUGGAUAAAGGUGGACCUGGAAAGGAUUCGAGGAUUGGAAAGGUUCGCAUCCGGCUCUCUACCCUCGAGGCAGAUCGGAUCUACACGCAUUCUUACCCACUUCUUGUCCUCCACCCCUCGGGGGUCAAGAAGAUGGGCGAAGUGCAACUGGCUGUUAGGUUCACGUGCGCGUCGCUUGUGAACAUGUUGUAUAUGUACUCGAUGCCUCUGCUACCGAAGAUGCAUUACGUCCAUCCCCUGUCAGUGAUUCAGCUCGAUAGCUUGAGGCACCAGGCGAUGCAAAUCGUGUCGAUGAGGUUAAGCCGGGCAGAGCCACCCCUGAGAAGGGAAGUGGUGGAGUAUAUGCUCGACGUGGGCUCGCACAUGUGGAACAUGAGGAGGAGCAAGGCGAACUUCUUCCGUAUCAUGGGGGUCAUGAGGGGUGUGAUCUCGAUCGGGAAGUGGUUCGAUCAGAUAUGCCAUUGGAAGAACCCGAUCACUACCAUCCUAAUCCACAUCCUCUUCAUCAUACUCGUCCUUUAUCCAGAGUUGAUCCUCCCAACAAUUUUCCUGUACCUCUUCCUGAUCGGGAUAUGGAGCUACCGGUGGAGGCCGAGGCACCCUCCCCACAUGGACAUUCAUCUCUCCCACGCACACGCAGCCCACCCUGACGAGCUGGACGAGGAGUUCGAUAGCUUCCCAACUUCUCGGCCAGCUGACCUUGUCCGAAUGAGAUACGACCGGCUCAGGAGCAUAGCAGGGCGGGUCCAGACGGUGGUCGGCGACCUGGCAACCCAAGGAGAGCGGUUCCAGGCACUUCUGAGCUGGCGUGACCCAAGGGCCACCACGCUGUUCGUGUCCUUCUGCCUGAUCGCCGCCGUGGUCCUGUACGUGACCCCAUUCCAAGUCGUGAUACUACUGAUGGGAUUUUACGUGCUGAGGCAUCCUAGGUUCAGACAUAAGCUGCCCUCGGCCCCACUCAACUUCUUCAGGAGGCUGCCGGCGAGGUCAGACAGCAUGUUGUAAACAUGCGCAUCAAGCCCAUCGAUGUGAUGAGUACUAGAAACCUAGGAUGCUAUUAUGUUCCUUAAUCAAACCAAAACCCGAAGCUCGCAUCUUGAUCUUGCGUUGUUUUAUCUUUUCCCAUAGAUCUGCAACUCUCUCUUGCUGAUUAUUUCAAGUAUAUUCAUAUGUCAUCAUUAUUAGUUCUAUUACCUGCUAUUACGGUAUAUCUUUUACA